GCUUAUUUCCAGCCGGCAUCCAUUGUGUUACACCUUUGGAGUUUCGACUACGUUGUCUCGCCUGUUACUAGCAGUGAGUAUCGUCGUGUGUUUCUUGUUCAUCUAUGUUUUUGUGACUUUUAUGAAAUUAUUUAGGGUUUCACAGAAAGGAAAGCGCAAUUCCACAUAAUACCAACACUUUGUCUGAUAGUCAUUUGGUGAAUUAUUGCGAGAAAAGACGGCUAACAUUAGUUAGCUUGUUAGCAGAAACCGAGCGCGGCCAGCAGCUCUGACCAGGAAGUACAAACACGGAGAUCUUUUAGAUUGUUGUCUUAAAUGAGGCUGAUCCACGUGAAAUUCUGCAUUCGUUAGUAAAUACUUGCAGUGAAAUUACAAACGGUUGUAUACUCAAGGACUGCAGUUUUGCUCCAGAGGCCGGCAGUCGCCUCGAUUACAGGAUCUCUAUUUCCUGGUACUGACGCUGCAGGGUAACCAUUUGGUCCCUCACUGGCCCAGUCCCAAUCAGUCUCCACCCUACAGCCAAACCUCUGAGCCUCCAUGGACUUUGAUGGCGGUAGGCGUGCCGUGCCUAAAGAGUCCAUGGCCCUCAUUUAUCAAUCUUGCGCAGAUCUGAGCGCAGGAUUAAUCGUAUGAUAGGACACGCGAAAGUGUUCGUAUCUGACCAAUCCGAUCGUACGUAUGCUCGGGUCUUGAUAAAUGCGGCGGCUGAAAUCGAUCAUCAUUAACAUGUUUACGCCCUGAAAUAUUCGUGGUUCAGAAGCCUCGCCCACUGAGGUCAAACAUGAAAGAGGAGAAAUAUUAGAAAGAUUCGAAACUUUUCCGAGCUGAAAGUGGAUAUCCUCACAUCUGUGGUGGAAACCAACAAGGAUCUCAGCAGCAGCUGUGAUCCUGUGAACACUGCAUCAAAACUGGUAUAAAAGCAGUCCAGAAAAAUCCUGUCUGGAGCAGGAUUAUGGUGGCGGUGAACAGUGCUUCUGCAGAAUAGCGGACAGUGGCUGAAGUGGCUCACAAUAUAGCUUAUACAUGUUAUGACCAAUUAUCUGAUCGUAUGAAACUAUUUUGUUUAAUUUGACAUAUCUAUGAACACAGACUUACACCAAGGAUAAAAUAAUGUACUCACUCUGGGUGAAAUCUGCCAUGCACUGCCACACAUAGACUGUAUAUAGAAUGGACGCCGUCUGCCUCCUCUCUGGGUGAAGUCAACGCGAGAACAGCGCCCUCAAGUGACAGGCUGCAUUAUAGGUCAUAAGCCUCCUCCAGCAAUCCCUAUGAAGCUGUGGACAAACUUUAGAAAUUUAUUACACAGAAUAUACAUUUUCUCACCCCUGCUUGUGAUGUUGACAUGUAGUUACUGUAAGACUGGUUUGUGCUCAAGUCCUCUUUUUUUCUGUACAGCUCCAUUUUAAAAAAUUAUUAGGGGGUUCAUGUUUUCCAUGAUUGAAUUUGACACUUGAUACAGCCUGUGGGCGUACGAAGGUUGCGUAGCUCACUCGGGGGAUACAUUGUUUGAGCCGAGCGUUAUCACAGCAACUUUCCCGCCAAAUGCGUACAAUGCGACUGCGCAAGUGGUGGCGUGCGUAUAAUGCUACUGUGCAAUGUUGGUUUCAGGUAGUGGAGAAAAAAACACAGAAUUACUGAGAAGUUUUUCGGCUUCAAUUACAUAUACUGGCAGAAGGUGGAACCAAGUUGUCCAUAUAUACAGACUUUGCUCAGGGCAUACUGAUGAUGCUGUAUUGCAGAGAUAUUUGCAUGCCUGCUAUGAAAUAUAACUGCAGGAUAGAAAACACAUGUUUGAUCGCAGUUUUUCUCAUUAUUAAACACCAUAGAUAGGUACUUAUCGGUGUACUUUCAUUGGCACUUACAUGCCAGCCAUCUUCAUCUAUUUCAGAGAGUACACCGGAGCAACAAUGGUGAAGAUUUUCAUUGGGAACCUGGCUCCUGAGGCUGGGAAGGAUGAAGUGGAGGCCCUGUUUACCCAGUAUGGCACAGUUACAGAAUGCGCAAAGUACAAAAAUUACGCUUUCGUGCACAUGGAAGACCGUAAGGCAGCCAACAAAGCCAUCGAAGAGCUCGAUAAAUACAAAUUGAACGGCAGACCCAUCAAUGUGGAGCCCAGCAGAGGGAAGAACCAAGGCCCUGUGAAGCUCCACAUCGCUAACGUAGAACGGGGCUUCGAUAAGGAGCUGCGGGACCUGUUCAAAGAGUAUGGCACAGUCACAGAGUGCGCCGUGGUCAAGAACUUUGCUUUUGUGCACAUGCUUAAUUCUGAGGAGGCCAUGGAUGCCAUACAAGGUCUGGAUAACACAGAGUUUCAAGGUGAGUAGAUUAAAUACUGUGAAGCACCGGUGAAAAGUUUUAGGGUUGUUGGCUCUCCCAAAGUGUUCGUGUUCAGCCGUCAGAUUUGAGAUUUGUUUGUGUGUCUCAGGAAAGCGCAUACAUGUCCAGAUAUCAAAAAGUAGACCCAGAGGUUACGAUGAGAUGGAGGACUAUCCACCACCUCCACCAGGAAGAGGAGGCUAUUACCCUCCCCGCUAUCCAGGGGAAAGGCCUGAGCCUCCUUACAGAGGUCGCAUGCCUGCUUACCCUCCUCCACCUCCAUCCCCACCUCCACCAAGACGAGCACCCUACCCCGAUCGUGCGUAUGCUGAACGGGACGGCUAUGGCGUGGUUGAUUACUACGAGAGAUACAGAGCUCGUCCUUACAGCACAGGAGGCUAUGAAGACCGGCGCUCCCGUGCCAUCCCCCCUCCUCCCCCACCUCCACCCUCAGCACUGGUUCGAGAACGUCUAACAAUGGGGGCUGUUGACCCAUAUGAUCGCCGCCCUCUCCCACCUCCUCCUCCAUCCUACAUGAUCAGGGACCGAAGCCCUAUCAGACGAGCUCCGCCACCACCUCCUCCUCCUCCAUCGGGUAAUGGGUACUCCUAUGAGCGGUCUCGCCUCUCGCCAAGACCUCAGAUGUAUGCUGCUCCUCGCCCCAGGGACUCCUUUGCAGACAGAGUACCACUGCCACCCCCACCACCUCGAUAUCCGGGCUAUUAAGAACACACUAACAUCCAAGGUGAGUCAAACGGUGUAUGUUUCAUGACACCAUGAUCAUAUAUGAAUACUCAUAAUUAAGAAAAUGUAAUUGAGGUACUGUUCCAUGAAUAACUACCAAAAUAAAUAAUAUGCGCAACUUGAGGCAAUAUCACGCUUUAAAACUUCUCCAUCAGCCGGAGCUCCUCCUAAUACCUUAAAUUAAUCCAGUCAAGUAAAUGAGUGCAACAUCUCAUCACUGCUCAUAUGAUCCUAAACUAUUGCUGCUUUAUCAUCAAAGAUAAGUCUUGCGCGCAGCCUUGGUAAAACUCGUUCCUUGACAUGUGUGGUGUGCUCUCUUUCCAGGUUUAGAAUAUGACAAGAUCGUCGCCGUCUGCUGAUGCACGUGGCGCUAUGCAUCCCCUCGUCUACGGCGGAUUGCGUUGCGUUCGCCUGAGACUUACUGGAAGAUACUCAAUUGCGGACAGCCCCCGUAUUCCAAAAACCAUACGAAUCCAUGUCCAAAGUUCACGUACUCUUCUGAGCUGAUCUGCUUUUUCUGUUCCUCUGCUUGUUUUACUUUUCAGAUCCUUAAAAUGUUUGCAGAUAGAUUGCUGGCUUAGGUGCUCAGUAUAUUUCAGUGUGCUCAAUACUGUUUAUAGCCGAAAACAUUUUACUCUACGUUCAUUUUUUCAUGGAUAUGGCCUCUGGAUAACUGACAUAAUUUCAAAAUAAGGAAACCAGUUUAAUGAUAAAGUAAAGGAAACCUUGUUCAAACAAGUUUGUUCAGACUAAGGUUGUAGGUUUAUGAAAAGUUGCUCAUGAGUAAAUUUGAGUAUUAAACAUGGGCAUCAAAAUGCUUUAAUAUAAUACUUGGUGUGUAGGGAUUGUACAGCAAUCAGUAAGAUUUGCGACUCAUGUUAGCAUGACAAAUCAAAAGUUCCAGUGUGAUUUUGUUCUUUUUACGCUUUGUGUUGUUUUCUUGCGAGACUCUUUAGCAGCGUCAUGUAUGGGUUUUAUUUACUUUAAAGAUGCUUUUCAUUUGAAGGCCUUUUAAUAAACAAAUCAAACAAAACCACGCUUUAACUGUGAAAUUAUUCCUCGCUUUGUAGGUAUUUUAGCCUAGUGACUUCGCCAGACUGUGUUAACUAAAACCACUCAAGUGACUUCUAGCAUCCCCCAUGGUUGUAAGCUCGACACAUGGUACGUGAAGCUUUUCGUAGUGAAAAUUUCUUCUGCAGAGAAACAUCAAAACUGCUCCCAGUCCAAAACCCAUUGUAGCAAUUUAAACAGAGUUUGAGGAACAAUUAUGUAAAGCAUCUUCUCCCAUGGCAGAACUUUGAAGGAGACCUCUUGUACUAAUUUUCACUUUUGAUCAUGUCAGUCUGGGAAAUCCAUAGGGUAGCUUUUCAAGACUUGAGGCGCAAAAACUAAUUUGUACUUGACUGUCCUAUACCGGUGUCCCAUAUUCUGCCUGAAACCUGCAGUUUUGGUUGCUUUUCCUGUAACUUUAAGUUGGAAAUGGUUUGUGAGUUUUAGGGCUGUCAAAAUUCGAAUGUAUGUUUUUGAAAAACAGACAUUUAGACUUAAUCAUUUAUGACCUCCUUGGCUUUCUGUCAUGUUGUCAGUUUUGUCACUGCAUAGUGGCCAUUCCUCUGCAUGAGGAACAGUCAGGACUCAAACUUUAUCUGUGACAGCAGAGACUUUACAGUAAAUGGUUAUCAUACUGGUCUGAAUAUCAGAUAUUUGUUACGGUAUGUUGACGGCAGAGCAGUACCUGAGUUUUCUACUUCGACCCAAACACCCCUCGUCAUAGAGUCAAGUGAUCGGUACAGAGGGAAAGAGAAACAGAGAGACCUGUACGCUGUCGGAAUCUCAAGUCUGCUCAACCAAACAGCCGGACAACAUCUUAACUGAACUAAAACCUCAACCGGAGUGUAAUAUGCGUGAGAAUCACAGCACAUGGCACCGAUCGACAACUCAGUUAUGCACAAGCUGAUCAGGUUGAAGUUAUUAGAAAUUUGCACCACAUAUUGGUUUUCCCAGCUCCGUUCUUCUUGGUUCUGUAGGUAGAAUUGAAUGAUAAAAAAACUGAACAUCUUGACUCUGGACAGAACGUAACCUAUACCUGUUGAUUUAAAAUUCCUUGAGCAAGUUUCUACAAGUUUCUCACCGCGUCCUACCUCAGUAACUGUGUUCAAACUUAGUAACCUGUAACCAAACUUUAUGUCAAACUGAAGUUCCAAACAAGUAGAAAAAUCUCCACCACACUUUGCGACGGCUCUUGUUCUUGUCUUGCCACUCUUAAGUCCUGAUUUGAAAUCUUCAUACCUCUUUUCAUCCCUGUAUAAAAGUCACUCAUUCCAUUAUUGUCUGUUUUCUCAGUGUCUACCCCUCUUCAUAGUUUUCCCUUAUAUAGCAUGCAGCCUUGGAUUUCUUAGUAUUUUUGCUCUUUGUAGGUUGUUAGACUCUAAACAGGAGAUUCCAGUUCUUGGUAAGUCAACCUUGAAGACGUGCAGCCUUCUGUAGAAGUGAGGUAGGUAAUAUUUAAAUUUUACUUUAAAAAAAUCACCCUCCAUAUAUGCUUUAUCACUCUCCUAGCUCCUUCUUCUGUUGCUGUGCUCAUACUUGAGUGUUUCUAUGUUUUUUCAAAUCUUGACCUACUUUCUGAAGUGAUUAUUUUCACAUUUUUCCUUUUUCGCUUAUCAUCUAGCAAUUUUUGACUGGAGAUGAAUAUUUAAAAAAAAUAAAAAUUCUUUUCUCACAUUGUAGAUACGCUUCACUUCAUCACCAUUCCUGACCUUCCCUUUUGUAUAGUGCUAAGCCAACAUUUCACGCUAUAUUAGUCCAAUAAAGAAAGCUCGUCUUGGUCUCAAAAGCUUUGGGGAUCUUCAGAUGUGUUCCAUUAUAAUAAUUAUUGAAACUAUCUUUGUAUCCUUAAAGGUAGAGGAGAGGUGAUUAUUAAGCUGACCCUGUUAAUCAAUCCACAGGCCUCCCUGCUCUGUAACAGGUAUCCAAGCGGGCCAGGCUCAGAAACAGACGUGGUUCUGGUGGUCCUUUUAUUUCAAGGUAAAGCAGAAUGGAGUCAUUUGUGGUCAGUCAGGAAUUGGUUUUGUAUGAGAUUUGUGUUCACUUUUCUCCCUUCUAUUCUGUUCCCUUCUAUUACAGGAAACAAAAAGUCUUUGCAGCAGAGCUUAGUCCGUUGGUCAGUAAGCUGGCAAGACCAGACCUUGUAACCUGCAAGGCAACACCCAGUUCCUGCUGCAGCUGGAACUGAAAUCAAACCCUGAUGAAGUGAAAUAACAGUUAUUUUCAGAAAUCAGAUUUUGUGUUGAUUAUGUGUAUGCAGACACAUAAAAGUAUAAAAAAUGUUUUUUUUCUAAACAUGCACAUUGACAAGGGCCCUCGAAUGGGGUUGCUCUACUGUGUUGUUUAUUAGGAAAUCAGGGAUUUUUUAAGAGUUUCUUUGACAUUUGUCAACAUGAGAAAGAUGUAGAUGCACACAAGAAAGCUUUAAGAUGCUUUUCGUGUCAUGUUAUUGGCUAACAGAAAAACAAAGAUAGUAGAGCAAGUGUUAAGGUAGUAUCUGCAUUUUAUCCUGUCUGUAUGGCUGAAUUUUGCUACUGAUUGUUGUGAUAUUGCUUUAUUUUCUCAUGAGUCUUAACCUGUGAGCUCUACUUUUUCAUUUGAACUUGCUGUAGAUUAUUGCAUAGAGAAAAGCACAUACAAAUAUUUGCUGCACGUUUGUAUUUAUUUACAUGGAUUGUUUCAGGCUCUGACUUUUUAGCGUGCCUUUUUAGGUACAAUUGUAGUGUAAUAAAGAUUGUUAACCCUCAAUUUAAUAAAAAGGAAAUGUUUAAAAUGAUGGGUCAAGCAAAUAAUCCUCAUAUAUUUUAAUAUCUAAAGUGUAUAAAUAUUGAAUUUAUUUCUUGCUUUUUGGUGUAAAUCAGAGACAUGAUUGGGCAUCUCAUUUCUUAAUCAUAUGGUAGUUGCAAAGUCCCAGUUCCAGCCUUGUAAAUAAAUUAGGAAAACUUUGGCAUUGUAUCCUGGAUGUUGGAGAAUUACAUUUUUUUUUUUUUUUUUUUUUUUUCCUAAACCCCUCAUACCCACAGUGUAGGGAUGCACAACAUCAUAAGCACAGUGGUUCUGGCAUGUAACAGCAUAAAAAUGGAAAUAUAGUAAAACAUUCAUGAAAUACGGACAUUUCUGGCAUAAUGUUCUAAAUCAAAAGGAUUGUCACAAAAAGGGUAACCAGUAAUUUUUUAUUAGAGAACAGACUUUUUUAUUUUAUUUUAUACAAGCCUGGUAUUCUAAGUUAUGUUGAAUUAGCUUGAAAAAAAUCAUGAUGUAACUCACCUGAUUAAAUCUGUUGACGCAUUUGAAGUGGACUUUUAUAAAGGGUUUCAAAAGCAUUAAACUUA